AUGUACAAGGCCGUCAUCCUGCCGACGUUACUGUACGGAGCACAGACAUGGACGGUGUACACGAGACAGGCACGCCGACUGAACCACUUCCACCUCAGUUGUCUCCGUCGCAUCCUGAGGCUGAACUGGCAGGAUCGAAUCCCCGACACGGAAGUACUGGAACGAACGGGAAUCCUCAGCAUCUACGCCAUACUGAAACAAAUGCAGCUGCGCUGGAGCGGCCACCUGGUGCGCAUGGACGACGAGCGACUACCCAAACGACUCUUCUACGGAGACGUCGCGACGGGUUCUCGUCGUCAAGGAGGCCAAAUACGCCGUUACAAGGAUACUCUGAAGUCCUCCCUGAAGCGCCUGCAAAUCAACCCGACCAACUGGGAAGAGCUCGCUCGCGAUCGUCCGACAUGGAGGAGAACAGUGAAGACGGGCGCUGCUAUCUAUGAAGCCAACCGAAUCGCCGCCGCCAAAGCGAAACGCGAAGCCCGCAAAUAACAACUUCGCCCAGUCCGCAACGCCGCCGCACAACCUCCACCUACGUGUCCUCGAUGUCAACGGACAUUCCGGGCACGAAUCGGACUUGUUGGACAUCUUCGAACCAACUGCACCUCUCGAACUGCUCCAGCCAUCGUCCCCCCGCCCGCCUCUUCCUCCUCUCUUCCGCCAACUAACUCUGACACUCCUUCUGCACCACCAAUUCCAUCCUCCUCAUCCUCGUCGUCCUCCUCCCUCCCCACUGCCCCAGCGGCGGCCGUUCAGACUGCCGUCUCACACAUCACCAACACCAACACACCAACCAAUAUCACCUCUCCCACCUCUCCCGAUACCACUGAUGAGGAUCAGGACUACACCUGCCCUCACUGUGACCGCACCUUCACCUCACACAUCGGCCUGGUCGGUCACUUGCGAAUCCAUCGCACAGAGACUGGCGAACCAGUGCCUGGAGCACCAACCUACACCUACCGCACUCGCCUCCACUGCCCACAAUGCCCUCGCACCUUCACGCAUCGCAUGGGUCUAUUCGGCCACAUGCGCAUCCACGAGAGCGGAAUUGACCGCAGCCUUGACACAUCCACCCCGCCGAGCCCCACUCCCAAUCCACCACCUUGUGCACCCACUAACCACUCCCCAGCCGGCAUCGACGCCACCGACCUUACCACCCCUCACUCCUCCCCUUCCUCCUCCUCUUCCUCCAUCACUGCCACAACGACGGCCGCUUCGGCGUCUGUCGCCCACGACUUCACCGCAGCCGAAACUGACACAACAACAGGCACAACCCCUGCAACCUCCAUCAUCAGACGUGAGGGCCAGGACUACAUCUGCCCUCACUGCGAUCGCACCUCACGCAUCGGCCUGGUCGGUCACUUGCGAAUCCAUCGCACAGAGACUGGCGAACCAGUGCCUGGAGCACCAACCUACACUCAACGCACUCGCCUCCACUGCCCACACUGCCCUCGCACCUUCACGCAUCGCAUGGGUCUAUUCGGCCACAUGCGCAUUCACGAGAGCGGAAUUGACCACAAUUCCGAUACAGCCACGACAUCCAACACAUCCACCACGCCCAGACCAAUGCUCGCUCCACCGUCACACGCGUCGACCACCACCACCGCCACCACCACCAACACCACUGCUUCCUCUACAGCUGACACCGACACCGCCAACCUCUCAUGCCCACAUUGUCCACGCACCUUCACCUCACGCAUCGGCCUGGUGGGUCACUUGCGAAUCCAUCGCACAGAGACUGGCGAACCAGUGCCUGGAGCACCAACCUACACCCACCGCACUCGCCUCCACUGCCCACACUGCCCUCGCACCUUCACGCAUCGCAUGGGUCUAUUCGGCCACAUGCGCAUCCACGACGACCUGCGGUAG